AGCACCGUGCGGGCUCCACUCUAGUCCCUGCCUCGCGCUAACUAUGCGCGUAGUGUCGCGCUGAUCCUCCGAGUCGCUCGCGCCGCAUUCCGUGAGAGAGACUCCGGACAGGAGGGAGAUACACCAGUGAGUGCGCGCGCGCGUCUCGAUCAUCCUUAAAUUUUCACUUCGUCCGGUCCGGUCGUGUGCGCGUGCAGGGAUGCUUUCUGCGUGAGGGAUAUUUACGUGCUUUUUUUUUUAAUUCAAGGGGUCACUUUGGAGCAAAGAAUCAGAGGGAAAAAAAAGAAAAAAACAAAAAAGGCACGAGCAGGAGACAAGAAUCCCUUUAAAAAUUCGCAUCUCGAGACAUUAUUAUUAUUAUUUUUUUCUCUGGAACAUCUGUAGUCAACAAGAGCAGAGGAAGAGCGCGUGCUGUGCGCUUUAUGCGUCUCUCUCUCGCUCUCUAGAAGAAGAAAAACAAACAAACAAACAAACACAAGGACAACCUGCUGAAUUGCAUCACGGUGCUCGAGGAGCGACACACGGGUCUAAACUCGUAAACAUGAGCCGCGCGAUCUCAAUCUUCACUGCUGUGCUGCUGGCGCUGCUGCCUGAAGGACCCAGCAGUGUCCAGGCGGUGGAGUUUGGUUAUUUCCCUGACAACAUUACAGUGCUGGAAGGGCAGAGCGUCAUUUUGAGGUGUAAGAUCGAUGAGGAGGUGACCCACAAGGCCUGGCUGAACCGCUCUAACAUCCUGUUCACGGGGAAUGAGAAGUGGUCUCUGGACACGCGAGUGUCGAUGGCUAACAACAACGAAAGCGAUUUCUCCAUCCAGAUUGAGCGGGUGGCGGUGGCCGAUGAGGGUCCGUACACGUGCAGCUUUCAGGCGCGAACCAAGCCACGCACUGCACACGUCUACCUCAUCGUCCAAGUGCCAGCAAGGAUAGUCAACACUUCUCAGGAUAAAUCGGUCAACGAGGGCGACGACGUGAACCUCUUUUGUCUGGCGAUCGGUCGACCCGAGCCUACCAUCACCUGGAAGGACUUGAAAUCUGGACGCACGUACGAGGGAGAGUUUCUGGACAUCACGGAGAUCAAACGACAUCAAGCUGAAGAGUUUGUGUGCAUCACAAACAACGGUGUGGCUCCACCGGAUACACGCCGCGUUAAAGUCACAGUGAAUUAUCCACCCAUGAUCACAGACGUAAAGAAUAUGCCAGCUCAAGUCGGGAAGACGGCCAUCUUGCGCUGCGAGGCUAUGGCUGUCCCCACCGCAUCCUUCGAGUGGUACAGGGAUGACCGGAGACUGAUGGAGAGCGACAACACGCUGAGGAUUAAAAACGAGAAGACGCGUUCCCUGCUGCUUUUUACCAACGUCACCGAGAAACACUUUGGCAACUACACCUGCUUCGCCUCCAACCGCUUAGGGGCCUCCAACGCCAGCAUGCUUCUGUUCCGGCCGGGGGCAGUGUACGGUGGAAACGCAUCGCUAAACACCCGUAUAUCAGGACUCGUCUUCUGGCUCAGCCUCACCAUGUCCGUCCUGCUGAAGGUCUAAUACGCCGCCACCUCGGAAAGGAGUCUUUAAAUGACGAACCCAUCACUGUGAAUAAAAAAAAAUUAUGCAUUAACCCAGGAGCCAUCUCUUGCAUCCUAUUGAUAUAAUCAUCACCUUCCCCUCCUUCCCCUUCCCUUGCCUGCCUUUCCUUACUCAUCUCAUUCCCACCCUUCUUUGGCGACCACUGGCCACUGCCUCUCCCACUUCUCAAGCGAAGGUCACCUUUUCGAUGUUCAUAGCUGUUGUGGUGAUGAUUGUUAAAAAAAAUAUAUAGAAUAAUAAUAAUAGAAAAAGGAAAAAAAAAAAAUGCUAAAGCGUGAAGGUGCUGAGCGGAGCGCGUCUUUGUCUCAUGUGUGCACGUGCUGGAUCAUGGUUGUAUAUUUGUGAAUGCUGUCACAUUAAUGGUGUUUAUGAGAAAUGUGAUAUAUAAGAUGAUGAUGAUGGUCAGGUGACCCUGUAAACAAGCUGUGGCUGUUCACCAGCAGGCCACGCCUCAGUGGCCUUCGCUCUCUCGGAUCAGAUCAGAGCAACAGAUUUUUUUUCUGUGAAUGAUGUCAAAUUUCAUCAAGGGUCAACAUUAGCAUGGGGGGAGGAGAAAACGGAUUUGCUCCGCCCCACUUUUUUGCAUUAGCUGAAGGUUUUGACCCAGGGAAAAGCAUGUGAUCCCUGUCUGGCCUUCCAGUCCUUGCUCAGUCUCAUCACGUUACUACAUCACCACAUUCCCUCACAUUACAUUCACCCUCAGUGUAAAUAUAAAUGCAGUAGAGGCCACACCAUAAGUCCAUACUCAAUUCUAUACGAAUACAUUUCCCAUCAGCCUCUCUGUUUCAGGCUUUUUUGGCUUGGAGGUUAUGUUUCUGGUGUCUCCUGCCCCCUCACCAAUCCCCCACCCCUGAAACCGUCGAUCACUCCUCCUUGUCGCUUGUUGAUAGCAUGUACUGGUUAGAGCUGUUCCUGUUGUGCCGUCCAUCCGAGUCCUCACCCCUCGUCCCUCUCUAUAGCCCCCGCACUGUGUACAUUUAUUCUGCAAGGUUAAAUGCUAAUUGCUUUUUUUUUUUUUUUUGGUGUUAAUAAUGAUGAUGAUCAUGAUGAUGAUAAUAAGUAUUUGAAAUUGAUAUGAUCAUAAUAACGUGAGAAAAAAAAUAAUCCCAGAGCCAUGUGUGCGAAAAUAUUUUGUACUUUGCUCUGAAAAAAAUCCUAAUAAUAAUAAUAAUAAUAAUAAUAAUAAGUUUUUUUUUCAAAGUGUUGUGCUCUAUUUUGCCAUGAAAAGCUUUUUAAAAACAAAACAAACAAACAAAAAAAAUGAUGAGCCUGAGCGCAGCAAAACUCUGCUAUAAAUUAGCCCCCCUUUGUUAUGCUAGCAUGCCACGAUGCUAGAGUUGUUUAAAAAGAUAAGAGUUAUGACAAAACGUAGCGUUUUGCUGCACUCACAAAGGGAGCAAUCAAUGAAAUGAAAUGUAAUAUAAUUUGUACCGUGUAUGUAUCCAAACGUUUCUUUUUAAAGGCUCUGUACUGUAUCGAAUGUAUGCUAACUUGUAUGCUGUCCCAUCGUUUUUGCUGUAACAUUUGUCAGCCAUCUUGACGUGACAACCAAAAAACUCUAGGCAUAUCUCAAAAAUCCUGUGUGCUCACCCUCUUCAUUCGUUCGUUCGUUCGUUCGUUCAUUUCUUUCCUUCCUCCAGCCGUUUUCGAGAGGGAGCCAAAUUAGUGGGAAAUAGAGACGUAAUUAGCGAGCGGAUCGCUAAGCGAGGGUGCCGUCGCUCUUCUCCUCAUCCCUCCAUCUGCUGAGGAGCAGAGCUCAUAAAUCAAGCUCAAUCCAGGCGCUGACAGGGACCCUCUUCAAGGACGACAGUGUCUCGGUGGUGACUAAUUAACCGCCACUUAAAGGCACGUAGCGAAGACACUUCGACCAUGUGCUCGGCGGCGCAUGGCUUACCGAGUUCUAGUUUCCGCACGCGUAUGCCGUAUGCAAUCUCUUACAUUCAUGGACAAAAUAAAAGGCAAGGUUAUGAGCAGGAUCAUUCAGUCACGUAAGUGCUGUAUAUAGCAUGUUUUGACAUCGUUGUGUCCCCAUAGCUAAUUUUGUCAAAAUCAGCAAUAACCAAACUAAAACAUACAUGUAAAGAAAUAUCUAAUUGGCGUAAUCUGUUAAAUGUUGACCGGAGUGCCAUGCUAAUCUAAUCCUGAAAGUGUUGUGUGAUAAAUUUAAUCUCAUGUGUGUGAUGGAAGGAGCUCGGACAGCGGUGUUUAAAGGUUGACCAGGCUUAUAUGCAUCUCCAUACCUCUUCCAUAUCUCUCUCUCUCUCUCUCUCUCUCUCUCUCUCUCUCACUCUCUCUCUCUUUCUAUCUAUCUAUGGUGUACAAAUCUGUACUGUAUAGCCACAAUUGCGACACACUCUUGCAUGUUUUGAGAUCCCAUCCUAAAUUUUCUAAUUUGGGUUCAAUUUAAAGCACAAACCGGUCCCAGUGCUAUUUUUUCUCUGUAUCUGUCUGUCUUUGUCCCUCUUUUAUUGUUCACGACUGCGCCGCCCGUGUAAAGCUCAAUGAUCCAUGGCGAAAAUAUCUGUGCUCAUGUUUUCUCCUGAACAAUAAGUAAACAAAAAAAAAAAAAAAAAAAAAAAUAGAUAACAAGUAUGUCAUGUUUCUCAAUGUGGGUUAUAAAAAAAAAAAAAAAGCAUGUCAAUGUUUGUUAUGGGUGGAUUUUCCUUUUAAGAAAAAAAAGUAUGAAUAUGAAAAGAGUGUGUGUGGGAAAGGUUGGCUUUAAAAUACAGAAGAUUGAAGUGUGAUUUGAUUUGAGCUCCCCUGUAGAGAUGAGUGAUUGUGGGUAACCUGGAGGUCUGGUCUGGGGCGUGAAGAGAGGCAUGAGAGGCAGGAAGGGUGAGAUGGGCUGCCGCUGACCGGACACUGAACUCUCUCUGUACGCAUGCGAUUAACUGGAAGACAGCAGCUACAAAUCAGCUUGAGGAUCCAUUUUUUAUAAAGGCAGAUUGUGUGUAUUGAUCUUUCCUGCCGCUACACUCUGCUGCUUGUGUCCACACAUUUAAAAUGUGCUUCAAUGCUAAUGUCCUACUAGUGUCCACUGAGACUGAUGGAUAGUACAUGUGUUAGUAAGAGGCCUCUAAUUGCUCCACAAAUGCUGCAAUUAUUUUUUUUCGCCACAUGGUUGCUCAGAAGAUAUCCAAUCAGGGAGCUUUUAGGCAUCCAAUCAGGUGGCAUGUAAGCCUGGAUUUACACGUGGCCAAUCAGGUGGCACCUACGAUUACAAAUGCCCAAUCAAGUGCAUCUUUAGCUUAUACAUGUCUAAUCAGGAGACACCUGAGCUUUUAGAUAUCCAAUGAUGAGGCAGAUUAUGUGUUUCCAUUGAAGAAGCCCCUGAGAAUACAAGAGACCAAUUAAGCACUACUUUAGCUUAUAAGCAGCCAAUCAGGAGGUCCUUGAGCUUCCAGACAUCCAAUCAGUUACCUUAUGUUACAGGUCUCCAAUCAGGAGUAACCUUAUCUUAUAGGCGUCCAAUCAGGAGUUAUCUUAUCUUAUAGGCGUCCACUAAGAAAUUACCUUAUCAUAUAGGUGUCCAAUCCGGAGUUACCUUAUCUAAGAGGCAUCCAAUCAGGAGUUACCUUAUCUAACAGGCAUCCAAUCAGGAGUUACCUUAUCUUACACACGUCCAAUCACAAGAUACCUGAUCAUAUGUCCAUUCAGAAAGCACUUGGACAUCAGCUGCAAGACCUUGGAGAAGUUUGCAUUUCUUUUUUUUUAACUUUAAAGGUAAUUUGAAUAACUCUGAUGUCAUUAUUUUCCGUUUUCAUCCAUUUUUUCCCCCAAAAGUGGGAACGAACCGUAAUUAACUGGGAGCAAAAACAAAAAUGUAACCAUCAUUAGCUAUUCUAGUAUGAAAUCAUUCACUGGAAUCUAUAAUGAGCUGAUAACAUCAUUACAAUAAACAACAGCAACAAUUUAUUAUACUGGACCUACAUACAGCCUCUAAACAAAAGGAAUGAACCACUGGGGGUUUUUUUUUGUUCUGAUGUUAGGGAGAUUACAUCAGGGUUGGAAUCGAUUCGAACAAUGUUACGAAAAUGUUAAAAUAUGUUAAAAAGAUUUGCUCCGAGCAAGACAAAUUGAUUUCUGAGGCUUCGAAGUGAGAUAGAAUUCAAUUAAAGUACAGAUCUGAGAGGCUGAAGGUUACGAGUAUUGCUUAAGGGUGUCAUUGGGGCCUUAUUGACAGUAACAGGAUUUGAACUCACGACCUGAUGCUUUACUGUGGACAAGUGGAUUCAUUGAUUUAUAUGAUUUAGACCAAAACAUAAAAAAAAAAAAGAUAGAUAGAUAGAUAGAUAGAUAGAUAGAUAGAUAGAUAGAUAGAUAGAUAGACCGACCCAAUAAUAUAUCAUUUAAUUUUCUGAUGCAUUUCUAAUGCUUCUAUUGUAAUUCUUCAGAGGACACGAUAGAGAAUGAUGUGUUUUACCGGUUUAAGUAAAAAAAUUAAAUAAGGCUUAAACGGAAAUGUUGUGAGAAGUGUCGGCGCCUAUGGAUACCAUGUAUCUUAAAGUAAAGAUGAGAUCUCUGUGAGCUAGAAUUGGACAAGACGUGAAAAAAGCAUCAGCGGGCUUUUGUUGUUGUUGUGGCUGUUGAUUUUAAGAAAUAGCAUAACUUCGUUUCUUUUCAGAGAUAAGAUUAUUUGUUGUCACGGGCAGAUGAUGCUGAUGGAAUAAAGAGAAAGGGAAAGAUUAAAAAAAAAUAAAUAAACAAGGAAAGAAUCAUUUGAUAAACAGAACUAUAGAAUUGAUGGGCAGAUACACGGACAGACAGACAGACAGACAGACAGACAGACAGACAGACAGACAGACAGACAGAUAGAUAGAUAGAUAGAUAGAUAGAUAGAUAGAUAGAUAGAUAGAUAGAUAGAUAGAUAAACAAGGAAAGAAUAAUUUAAGAAUUAGAACAAUGGAAUUGAUGGAAAGAUACAUGGAGGGAUGUACAGUAUGGAUCAGUUAUAGUUAAGCUAGAUAGAUAGAUAGAUAGAUAGAUAGAUAGAUAGAUAGAUAGAUAGAUAGACAGACAGACAGACAGACAGGUUGGUUAAGACACAGGAGAUUAUAAGACUCUAACCUACACCAGGCUUCAUCUACUGGCAAAAAAUGUCCAGCUCAAACUAAGAAUUCAGAAAUAGUGUAGCAGAGCCAAUCAGUGUAUUGACUGCGGUUUAGUGAGAAACAAUUGCUGAUGUGAAUUGUUGCAGCCAAUCACAUGCAUUUAUGUAAAUAACUCCGUAGAAGACUGUUCAUCAAGAAAAGAAAAUGUUUGAAAUGACGGAAAUGGUUUGAUAGAUUUGUCCAUUCACUUUUUUCUGUCUGGUCUGAUUAGUGAUUCGUAAAGAUGGAUUGUUAAAAAAAAAAAAAAAAAAAAAAAAAAAAAAAUUUAAAGUUGUAGAAGAUGGAGUGUGUGUGUUUUUAUUCUCCACUCAAAAUAUAUUUCAAAACAGCAUUUAGUCAGAUGUUGCGUUAGCCACUUUGUUGUGUUUUGAUUUUCAGCAGGAACCUGAACGAUUAAGCGUUAAAAAUCAAUUGCUUGUAAACUAUUAAAGAAUAAACAAAACUUUCAUUUUUUCCCAAACCCUGAAACAUUAUAUGGACAUUGACAGAGCAAAGUUAAUGCAUGAAAAGACUUCGCAAUGCCAAAUUGACACAGGGUAUUCAUAGUAAUCAAGGAUUAACACAACAAAGGAUAACAAACCUAGGAAAGGGCAGGGGGUGAAUCAGGAAUAAAUAGAAAUCAAAACAAAUUUGAAAAGAUGGCAUUUAGGACAUGAAAAGGAAGCUUUUACAAAAGCUACGGUAUUUCUGCUACUUGACAAACUUGUUCUAAAAAAUAAAUGAAUCAAUAAAUAAAUAAAAGUGCGUCUAUGAAAAUCUUAGCGUCUGUUUUUGAAAAGGUUUUUGGAUGAGAGAAUUACAAUUGUAAAGAUUCAUAGCUGCACAAAGCAAAGAAAGAAACAUCAAACACAUCUCGGAUGCAAUGGGGCGUGGAUAUAAAUGCGUAAAUUUGAGUUCUUUUUAAACUCCAUUUAAUGUUUAAUUAACCUGCUAAUUAUCGAGCCUUUGUGUGCAUAAGGUUUUUACGCAACAGGUGCCGCCUGUCAGUCACAUGCAGCUGUAUCGAUAACACUCCACUAAUUAUCUGAGCAUAAUUCAGUAGGUGUAUUAAAUGAGACUUAGCCGAGGCAGUGCGUUUCCCUGCAAACGAAAAAAAAGGAGGUGUAAGAAGCAACGCCACUGUGCACAAACAAGCCCAUCACUCUGAAUGUCAGCGGAGUGUGUCGCUCACCCACUGCAAGCUGAAAUUUCUGUCAGUCAAAUGGGUGAACACAGGCUGCAGUAUAGCACUCUCGGUAGUGUUGGGAUUGAAAGCGCUUGAUGUAAUGUCAGACGUUCACAGGUUAACAGGGACCGGGUCGGUCAGUGAGUCAAGCCCAUCUCCGUCUCUUUGUGCCCUUUGCCUCUGCUUAUUCUCCUCCACUCCUCGUCCUCUUCCUCUCCUAUGGAAACGAGAUGAAAUGCCGUGUGCACCUCCGGCUCUCCAUUCUGAUGUUUCUGUCGUUUUAUUGUGUGUGUUUGGAUGUGUGUGUGUGUGUGUUAACACGCAUGUGAGAGUGUGUGUUCUCUGACCUUGAUUGAUCAUGACCUACUUCACAUUCCAGUUCUCAACACAGUUCAUUGUUUUCUAUACAUCAUCAACAAAAAGAUGGAAAAUCCAGAGCAUUGUCUUCCACCUUCGACAAAUCUUGUGCUGUGUUCCAAGUCAUGUUUCAGAAUUUUGUCUGGUUUUGUCAUUUUUAUUGUGUCUGGGUUUUGUUUUGUUUGGUAUUUUUUUUUUGUUUUUGUUUUUCAAAGUCCAUAAAGGAGAGAAUAAAGUGAAGGGAUUAAGAAGGGGAGAAAAAUAAAACUGAAUUUUGUUUUUAACAUAA